AUGCCUGCAGUACAGUGCCCCUUCCCUAAUUGCGACUACACCACACCAGAUCUCGACGCAGCUAUUGUUGCCGCACUCAUAACAACCCAUGGUGCCGUUCACACUACUGGUACUUCUGCUCAGACUACCCCUGUUGAGAAAGUCAAACGGCCAACUCUAACCGCCGCUGGUUCUAGCGAGGACUGGGCCUACUUUCAAUCACCCUGGAUCGACUAUGUGGCAGCCACAAAGGUAUCAGGGCGCGAAGCGGUGAUCCAACUUCUCGAGUGCUGCGAUGAACCACUGCGCAGAGAUCUCAUUCGCACAUCAGGUGGCAACCUUACAGACAAAACCAUAGAUGUAGUCAUGUGUGCCAUUCGGAAACUAGCUGUUCGCGAGGAAAACACAAUGGUAGCAAGGGUAACACUGCACAACAUGCGACAGGAUCAAGACGAACCGGUGCGACACUUUGGUGCCCGCCUACGUGGACAGGCAGAUAUCUGCAGGUUCGUCAUCAAGUGCCCUAGUUGCAAGUAUAACGUGAAUUACACCGAUGCCAUUGUGCGCGACGUAUUAAGCCGAGGAAUUGCCGAUCCUGACAUCCAAUUAGACCUCUUAGGAGAUAAAAAUCAGGAUAUGUCAUUGGAGGAGGUAUUCCAGUUCAUUGAAGCGAAAGAAGCUGGGAAAAGAUCAGCCUCAAGACUACUAAACACCUAUUCAGUGGAGGCUGCACGUUCAUCUUAUCAGAGAACCAAGCACCCACUGGAUGAGGAUAAACAGGGCCCAUGCUCGUACUGUGGCAAACGCGGCUAUGACAUGAAAGGCACCACACGCAUCCGCAGAAACCAGUGCACAGCCUUUGCUCACAAAUGUGAGCGCUGCCACCGAGACAACCACUUUGAAACCAUAUACCGUAGUAAAGACACGCCUAUUGACAGAAGACCAUCACAGACGGAGCGAUUCAAUAAAGGAAAUGCCGUUUUUAAUUCUCUGUGUAACGCAAAAGACGACUCAUCCGACGAUAAGAUCUGCAAUAUAAAUAGCAACCAUCGUGGUCGACAACAAGUCAGCAUACCACUAAACCACCAUGUAUAUGACAGCCUAUCCAACACUUGGAUCAAGCGAAACUCAAAACCUCAGCCAUUUAUCAAUCUGACGGUAGAGGCUCUUCCCGGAGAUCACAAAACCCUAGGCAUCGAACUACUGGCACGUUCUACAGCCGUUAGUGUGCCAGCCAUGGACGACACCGGUUGCCAAAGCUGCCUGGCUGGCCUAAAAGUGAUCCACCGUCUUGGUUUACGCGAGUCUGACCUGAUACCAGUGACGAUGCAUAUGCACAUGGCAACGAAUAGCACACUCCGUGCUAAACACGCGCAAUGCAAUCGCAACGCACCAUCUAAUCCUAGCAUAUCCACCAGUCUCUCCAACGAGCCCGGAAUACCCUUUCCAGUGUCUCUGUGCUGA